AAAUACCUCUGGGGAAAUGUUUCAUGUGCUCUAAAGACCUGAAGUUAGAGCUACCCAACUGGCUUGUAAGGAAUGAGACUACUUGCCAGGGGUUGAUGGAAGGGACCGAGCACCCUCUGCUCUACUCAUUACAAUUAGGCUCAGCAGCAGCCUCUGACCUUGCAAAUAUCUGGCAGGAGGGUGCUGUGCCCUCCCAGAGAGAGGGAGCUGCCUCCCCUGGCCAGGAGCGAGCUCUGAUAACGUUGGAGGGCACUGCAGGAUUCCACCCAGGACCUUCCACAACAGAAGCCACUGUCCUCUCCUGGUCCACACACAAGGUUUGGAGAAGACAGCACAGUCUGUGAAAGGGAGGAAGACUUUGCUGCCCAUGCACAGGUCUCUGGGGACAGAUGGAGGCUGUGGGUCACUUGCUACACAGUUCAUGUGCUUAUACUGCAGGAUCUGGCUGUUUUUCUUACUGUUCUGGCUGGGACAAGGGAGGCUGAUGGCUCCCCCAGGUUUUGCAGAGAGCAGCUGCCGCUCCAGAAUUUUUUGGAUGAAACUGAAUAAACUCUUGCUCCAGGGAAAGUUCUUCCAGCUGGAAAUCUAUGAUCCUUAUUCUGGCCCUGUUCUGCUGGAUGAGAAAUUAGCAUCUCGCUGUGGCUAUGUCCUGUCAGAAGACGUCUGGGGCAAUCCCGUCUUCCGCGCGUCAGUGCUCGGCUGCCAUGUGGCCAAUGAGGCAGAUGAGCUGUUUUCACUGACUGUGAACAUCAAGGUCUCCUCAUUUUCAAGCAUGAGGGCAGCUGUCACCUACACCUACCCUAUGUACUGCUCCUAUGCAUCCUGGGCUUCAAGAGAAAUUGUGUGCGAAGAGAACUACAUGGAGGUGUCAGUGAAGACUGAUGUCCCAGCAGUUUCAAAUGACUACACCGUAGCAUGGAUGUCAGCACUGCCAGAGACUCAAAAUGUUGCAUACCAGCAAUGGCAACUGAUGUUUGUUUCUCCAUCAGGGAGAAAGAGAAUAACAGUAAGUGAUGCAGUAAAACUGGGCUACAGCUUCAAUAACACCCUGUCCCGAGUGUACCUGCGAGCGCCCUACCACAGCAAUGAGUCUGAUGUCAGCGUGGUCAGUGGUGUAACUAUGAACAUGAUCACUUCCACUUCCAUGUACAGGCAGCGGUGGCUGCUUUUGCUCAUUGACACGACUGCCUCCUGUCCUGUUGAUGGCAUCAGCUUCACCGAUACUACACUAACAUGGACUGUGCCAAGAGUUAUCCCCACACUAGUGGUCCAGGAAUCCACUUUUCUGUCUAAAAGCAUUGUAAUGGGAGUGGGUGAUCAAGUCAUAGUGAAUCCAGCAGAGAUGAACUUCUUACUGGAGUACAACGAGACACACAUCAGAAUAACCAUCCCAAUUGGAGCAGAGGGAGGCAAGCUAGAGAGCUCCAUAUCUGGCGGUGUAUAUGGAGUCAUUUACUGCAUUGACCUGUUUCUGGAGCACACGUGGACGGAUGCAGGUUGGCAAACAACGAAGUAUACAGUCAUCAAAUCCAUCACCACACCUUUCAUGCCACAAAUACCAACUGUUAUCAACAAUACCAUGCCAGAAGAACGGCUAUUUAAUGUUGCAUUUGGACACUUUCUUCCCGAUGUCUCUCUGGUGGCAAUCACAGUAGGAAAUAUGCCAUUUUCCCUGAGGGAAGCACAGCACCACAGCUUCAAGAUUUAUGAAACUCCCUUUUCUAAUGGAACAAAAGCAUUUAUCCUGGAAGUCUCUUUUGAUGAUCCACAUGUUCUGAAAGAGUAUGUGAAUAGAAAUGAAACAAAAUACACCCUCCUGGUCAACUACACCCUUAGCGUGGGUCUGGAGAUGACACUCUACCAUCAUUCAGCAGAGGUGGAGUGUGUGCUUGCUGAUAUUGAAGUACCAGAAGCAGUUGGUUCCUGUGAUGAAGAAAACCUGUAUCUAACCCUGCCCACUUUUGGCUUGCACCACUACUGGGACCUGUACCUUGGUAACAAGCUCCUGAAUCGGCACCUUGCCCUCACCAAUGGGUACCUUGCAGCUACCAACUCCACACACCUAAUCUUGCAAAUACCUCUGUUUGCUGGGGGACUCAUCUACCAGGAAGUGUCCUUUCAGAAAAUUAAAGCAAGGUUUGAUGUUGCCCUAAGGAAGGUGAGAACUAUGGAGACCUUACAGAUGUUCUCCAUUAGCUGCAGCUUUAAUACUUCAGCAUUUAUAAUAUGCCACCCAGAUGGUACCAUAAUGGUAUCUGCCCAAAUGAAGACAGUUCCUGCCAUUGACAUGAGUAAAACCAAGCUAAGGGACAGCUCCUGCAAACCUAGAGAGUAUAAUGAAGCUCAUGCCUUCUUCAAGUUCCAUGUCACUACCUGUGGCACUUCAGUAAGGUUUGAAGGUGACCACAUUAUUUAUGAGAAUGAAAUCUCUUAUGAGAAGGAGACUCUUCCAGGACAGAGCAUACCAACAAUCACAAGAGAUCCAGACUACAGACUAACAAUCUUGUGCUACUACCAAGCAAAAGAGACCCUGGUGCUCGGUGCCUUCUCCAGUGAACCGGCCACAUCCCCUCCCUUUGGCUCCGGGACGAUGAUUCCACAUUCUUCCAUCUCCUCCUCUGCAGCUUACAGAAGGGUAAGACAAGCUCUGAAUGUAGUUUCAAGAGUGUCCAAAGAUGAAUCCUUCAUGGAGUUCUAUGGGCCCAGCACGGCAAUACUCAAACAACCCAUGGAGCCAGUGUUUCUUGAGGUAGAACUGAAAGACAAGAGCCCCAAAGUGGAGUUAUAUCUGGAAAACUGCUGGGUAGCCAGAUCUCCAGACUUCAACUACACCCCAAGAUGGAACAUCACUGUGGAUGGGUGUGAAAUUAAUGGCAGUGAGUUUUCUGCAGAGUUCUGCCCAGUACCUGUGAGCCCCAGGGUGAGACACCCCUCUCACUUCAAAAGGCUGGCAGUAAGGACCCUGGCACAGCACCUGGAGCAGGUGUAUGUGCACUGCUUGGUGGCAGCAUGCUCUCCUACCAACACACAGCCUGGUAGCACCUGCAGAGGACAGUGCAGCUCAAGCAGGGAGAUGAAGGGCUCUCCAGGUCACCCUUCUGACAGUCUCCAGGGCUAUGUACUUGCUGGACCAGUAUGGAUUGUUGCUCCAGAUCCAAGAUGACACAUGUAAACUGGAUUUGCACCUGAAGGCUCUGCUGUGCUGGCUACUUUCCAAAUGGUGCCACUGGACACAGGAGCUACUUCUUCCAGGAACCACCAGAACUAUUUGCAUGAAGUUUAAAUACCAAAUGGUGGGACAGCACUGGAAACUUCUUGAGUCUGCUAACAGGAUCAGUAAAUCUUGCAACCUGUUGCCUUUUUGAAGAGGCUACAGAAGAAAAUUUACCAGAAAAUGACCCAAAACUUCAAGAUAACACUUUGUGUUUCUUCCAGCUGCUCAAAUAUGGAUUUGCAGAUCACUAAAAUUAGUCCAGCCCUGAUUAUGCUGCUUCUUGUAAUACUUCAUAAAGUGACUGCCAAUCCUCCCAUCUGAAUACAAAGUGCAAAUCUGAAGUCAAAUAAAAAUACACCAGAGCAAUGUAAGCACAGAACAUCUCCUUGCUAAUGUGCAACAGCAA